GGAGGUGACAGCUCAGCGGGGCCGGGACGCUCCCGCCACGGACACGCCCCGCUCGGCCGCCGGGCCCCGCCGCUUCCUCGUGUGCCAGCCUGGUUCCGGCGGGGGCCCGGGCCCGCCGCGCCCCGGAUCGCCCCGCUUCGCCCCGGCCCGGGCACCGGGAGCAGUCGGCCUCCGCCGCACCAAGCCCGGCGGCGGGGAGCCCGGGGAGCCGCGGAGCAGGACCGGCCCGGAGGUUCUUCAGGACAGAGACAUCCCAGCUCCAAGAUGAGCCCCUAAGCAGCGAAGAGCUAUCACCUGUGCAGUACGUGAAGCACGACCAGGGCGUCACAGAGCACCGCAGAGAAACCAACCUUUGCUCCAAGUACCGUAAUAUGUUUUUUCUAUCCAUGGUGCUUCAGUCCAUCAUCUGGGCCACCAGUUGAUGAAAUGGCACAGAGCACCGAGCUCCAACCAAGUUUUGAGGAUGUUUUGAAUAUUCUAUCCCAGAUCCCACAAGAUAAACUCCUUAGCCUCAAAUAUAAACUGAAGCACUUGAUAUUUGGGCCCAGCAGCAAAUUACUGCAAGCCAUGGUCCUGCUUACUCUGGGACAAGAAGUGGAUGCAAAAAUUUGUUUGGAAGCCUUGCAAGAUAACCAGGCAGCCCAGUAUGUCCACCAGACCAAACUGGGCACUGCAGGAGUGCAGGAAGAGGGGGAGGAUCUGCAGCCUCCCCAGCUGGAUGCAGAUGCCAUGGUGCUUCUGGCAGAGAUCUACUCAGUGUUGGUGAAGGAAAAACUGUGCAGUCGUGAAGCCAUGGACAAAGCCUGCCAGGCUGCCACCAAAGCCUGCAACGCCAGCAAGGAAGCUCAGGGGGACACGCUCAACGGCAUCCCAGCUGAGGACCAGGAAAAACACGGCUCUGCUAUCAGCAUGAGCCCAGGUGACAAAUUUCAGGCACUGAGAUCUGAUGAGUGUGUAAGAUUUCUCCAGACGGCCAGCCCAAACUACGUGGUGAGAAGUUCUCCAGUGCAGAUCAGAGGCAACUCGGACCUUUCAGGCCCACAGACCUUGCGCUCCUCAGGGAGUCCCUCUUUCCCCAGUCACUUUGAGAUCAGUGUGUCGCCAACAGUUGCUUUUCACACCGAGCCUGCUUCCCACGAGCGUGUCCCCCAGCACAGCUGGCUGUGUGAAGGGAGGACGAGCGGUGCUGGUCAGCCUGAUGGGGACAGAGCAAGCCAUGGCCUGCAGGAAACGAGCUGGACCAGCAGACCCAGCUCUCAUCCCAGGCAGGACACAGGUGCCCAAGUCCCCCAACCAGAGAAGGUUCUGCAGGUCAGUUCAUGUCAUCCACCUCUCCCCAUUCCUGAAACGCAGCUGCCCACGCUGGGUGCUGUGAACCAACCUGUUGAAAGUAGUGAUGUUUCCAGCACAGUGGCAGCAGAAUCUCACGCACCAAAAGAAAACACAGACAAAAAGCAAGAUGAAAAGCAAUUAUCUACAUGUCUCCCUGACUCAAGAGCUACAGCGAAUACUGGUCCUGCCCACAUGCCCAUGGAGGACUCCUCUGUUCCAGCAGGCAUUCCUUCUAACUCUGCAUCUGCUUCCAUUUCAACCAGUUCCCUUCCUCCUCCUACCUAUUCCUCCUCCUCAACCCUUCCCCCUCCUCUUCAGGGACCCCAUUCCAACUUAUAUCCCCCUCACCUCCACUUAUCCCCCUCUCCAGCCUGGCCUCCUCUUCAAACUCUAGAACCAGUGCCCACAUCAGAGCCAGAUGGUGGGAAGUUCUUCACUUUUGUUGUCCUGCAUGCUAGUGAAGAUGAGGUUGUUGCCCAUCGAGUCAAGGACCGGCUGGAGAAGAUGGGGGUUCCCAAUGGUGCCACACUCUGUGAGGACUUCUUCAUUGCCGGACGCAGCCAUCUGACUUGCUUCCAGGAUGCUAUGGAAAACUCUGCUUUCAUCAUCCUUCUGCUGACCAAGAACUUCCCAUGCGACCUGUGUAUGUUUCAGACAAACGCUGCUCUGAUGGAGUCCAUCCUGAAACCAUCCAAGCGCGACUCAGUCAUCCCUUUCGUGCCCAAGGAGAACCCCCUGGAGCGGAGCCAGAUUCCCAGCACGCUUGGCGGGCUGAUGCCCUUGGAUGAGAACUCUCCUGGAUUCUCCAGGACAGUGCGGAACACCUUUACCACCAGCAGGAUCAAUGAGAGGAAAGCCACCUGGAACCUGAUGCAGAGAAGGAAACUCCAGCUGUAUCAGGAACAGUAUCAAACACUGCAGAACUUAGCUGCUCUGAACCUUGGCUCCCUUGCCCAGGUGCCUCCAUCAGCAACAUGGCCGCAGCUGCUGGAGCAACCACCCCGACAGUGGUGCCCCCCUGCUUUGACUGUCCUUCCUGCCACAUACCCACCUCCCCCCGCUGGCUACCCCAUGCCUGCUCAGAUGGGUGCCCCUCCUUUCCAACCGCUUCAUUUCCCGUCAGGCCACUACAACAUGACGCAUGGUCCAGGAGGCAUCCCGCCCCUCAUCAUUCAACAUGCUCGAAUGGUUCAGAUUGGGAACCACAACACGAUGCAGGUAGAAACUGUCACACCAGGUCCACAGGACAGUGAGAAAGAAACCAGGUAGAAUGCUUGAUCAGAGAUACAGUGGGUCAGCCAAGGCUGGAAACACUCACACUUAGUUUCAAACCCUAGAUUAUAGUGAUUCUGCUAGGACUGGGACCAUUCUUAUUUCAUUGUGGGUAAACGGUGCCACUUCCUUGGAGCACGGGAGAAAAUUACCUUCUUUUUUGAUGGACAAAAGAAGUUGCAAUCUCUUGAGACUGCUUUCAUAGAAUCAUAGAAUCGUAGCAUGGUUUGGGUUGGAAGGGACACUUAGAGGCCAUCUAAUCCAACCCCCCUGCAGUGAGCAGGGACAUCUUCAACUAGAUCAUGUUGCUCAGAGCCCUGUCCAACCUGACCUUGGAUGCUUCUGGGGAUGGGGCCUCCACAACCUUCUUGUACUUAUUUUCAAGUGGAAAAACCCUUUUCCUGAUCUUCUGAGACUAUUGGGAGGUUUUAUAAAUAAAUUAUCAUUAAUUAA